UCUCAAACAAAAAAAAAGAACACAGAUCCCUAUGGAAUGCAGGGGUGCUACCCAGCAUUGUUUAUUAUAAUUCAUUCCUUUUGUUUAGUUUAAAGAGACCAGUUUUGUUCUCUUUAUCUAUAAAUUUUAUGUCUGCUUCCUCUUCUUCUUCUUGUUCGUCUUGCAUAGAGUGAAGAGUUUUUUUGGAUCAUUAAAAAACACAAAAAAAAACUCAUUUCUUUAGCGACUUCUUUUUUCUAGACAGCAACAUAAAUAUAAUACCAAGCUUUGAUAUGGGGGUAUGAUUAGUUUAUUUGUUUGCCAAUGAUUGAGUGAGUUGCUUAGUAAGAAAAAAAAAAGGAAGAGAGAAGAGAAAUAUCAAGAAGAUGAAAUCUUUGAAUGACAGUAACAAUGGUAGCAAUAAUAACAAUAAUAAUAGUAACUGGUUGGGAUUUUCUCUGUCACCCCACAUGAAAAUGGAGGUUAAUGGUUCUUCUGACCCCCAACAUCAUCAUCAGCAGUACCACCAUCAAGAAUCUCAACAAGUUCCAUCUUCUGCUGCUGAGGCUGUUCCAACUAGUUUCUAUUUGUCCACUUCUCACUUCAAUGCCCCAUCUGCAAUCUGUUAUGGUGAUAAUGUUGCCUUUCACUCUCCUUUGUCCGUUAUGCCACUCAAAUCUGAUGGCUCUCUUUGCAUUAUGGAAGCUCUCUCUAGAUCACAACCUGAAGGGAUGGUGUCAAGUUCAUCGCCAAAACUUGAGGAUUUUUUAGGUGGUGCAACAAUGGAAACACAUCAUUAUGGCAGCCAUGAAAGAGAGACAAUGGCUUUAAGUUUAGACAGUAUGUAUUAUCAUCACCAAAACACAGAGCAAGAAGCUUCAAGGCAACAUUCUUUUCAACUUCAUGAUGAACCUUACAGGCACCAAGAUCAGCAUUUCUCAGUUCAAAACCAUCCAUAUUAUGCAGCACUAUCAUGCCAUGGAAUGUACCAAACCUCGUUAGAUGAUACCACAGCUAAAAAUACCCAACUCUCUGACUGUGAUUCAGGAAUUCCUCAAAUGGGCGUUGAUGAUGGGAUUACUGGUUUGAAAAACUGGGUCUCUCGACAUUAUUCCACACCUCCUACUCAUAAUGCAUUUGAGCAGCAGAUUUCUAACAGUAUGGCUGAUAACAAUAAUAAUGGAGCAGCAGCUUCUGGGUCUACUGGUACUGUAGGUUAUGGUGAUUUACAGUCACUUAGCUUGUCAAUGAGCCCUGGCUCUCAAUCUAGUUGCAUAACAGCUCCGAGCCAGAUCUCACCUACUGCUACAGAAUCUAUGGCUCUGGUGGAAACAAAGAAAAGAGGGUCUGCUAAAGCGGGUCAAAAGCAGCCUGUUCAUAGGAAAUCUAUUGACACAUUUGGCCAAAGAACUUCACAGUACAGAGGAGUAACAAGGCAUAGGUGGACAGGUAGAUAUGAGGCUCAUCUGUGGGAUAAUAGUUGCAAGAAGGAGGGUCAGACCAGAAAAGGAAGACAAGUUUAUCUUGGUGGAUAUGAUAUGGAAGAGAAAGCUGCAAGAGCUUAUGAUCUUGCUGCACUUAAAUACUGGGGCCCUUCAACUCACAUUAAUUUUCCAUUGGAAAAUUACCAAGAUGAGCUUGAAGAGAUGAAGAACAUGAGCCGACAGGAAUAUGUAGCGCAUUUACGAAGGAAAAGUAGUGGGUUCUCUAGAGGGGCCUCAAUGUACAGAGGAGUAACAAGGCAUCAUCAACAUGGAAGGUGGCAAGCAAGGAUCGGCAGAGUUGCAGGAAAUAAAGAUCUUUAUCUUGGGACUUUCAGCACUCAAGAAGAAGCUGCAGAAGCGUAUGAUAUCGCUGCGAUCAAGUUUCGUGGUGUUAACGCUGUGACCAACUUUGACAUAACUAGGUAUGAUGUUGAGAGGAUCAUGGCUAGCAAUACGUUGCUAGCCGGAGAUUUGGCUAGGCGAAACAAAGAGACUGAGACGAAUAAUGUGGCGAUCGAGUAUAACAACAACCCAUCAGCACAGACUAAUGCUGAAUCCUUACAGAUUGAGAACAAUGCCACAGAUUGGAAAGUCAAUGCUUGUGGUGAUUCUGUUGACCAGAAGUUGAUGAACAUGGGAGAUUAUAGAAAUUCGUCGUAUCCGUUGGCAAUGCAAGAUUUAAUGGGUGUUGAUCAUUCUGUUAACUCUAGCCAACAUGUGGUGAAUGAAUCAAGCAACAGGGUGGGUCAUCAUUCGUCGAAUCCAUCAUCGUUGGUGACUAGUUUGAGCAGCUCAAGAGAAGCUAGCCCUGAGAAAACGGGAACCACAAUGCUGUUUGCUAAGCCUCCAUUGGCUUCAAAGUUCAUUAGCCCAACCGGUGGUGGUGCUGUUAGUGGUGCACCUUGGUUUCAGUCAGCAGCAACUCAGCUCUCAAUGUCUCACUUGCCAGUUUUUGCAGCUUGGAAUGAUACCUAAAAUACCCUCGCAGUUGAAUUUUGCAUGCAGGAAAAAAAGUAGGAUUCUUGUUUUUUCUGUGUAAUCUUUGGUAGGUAGUGGAGGAAAUUAGAGGAUUAAUGCAAGAAUCUUGAUCUGUCUGUAACCGACUUUUGUCUAAAAUAUGAACCUUUAGGAUUCAUAUUGAAAAAUUGGUGGGAAUUAAAGGAUGUAAUGAUUAAAUUCUAUGAAAUGAUGGUCUCUUUUUGUUAA